AUGAAUGAACUUUCUUUACUCGCAUGUGAUCUAUGGCUAACGCAAGUUAAUGCAAGAAAAUUGUCGAUAAAGCUGUUUCCGCUUCCGUUUUCAGAUUCGGGAAGAUAAUAUAAUUCUUAUUAGUACAACAUGGUAACUACUCGUAAAAUAAUUAAAAAGCACAUAGGAUCAUCAAAAUUGGCAAGUAUACAGAGUAUAAAAAAAACUAAGAAUCACAUAAAUAAUAAUAAAAAAUCGCAAGAUGAAAAAAAUAAAAUUAAUCAAACCAGUGAUAAAGUAUUGAAACAUACAUCAAAAUUUUCUGGGAAAAAUAAUGUACAAAAUAAGAAAAAAAUUACUUCACAUACAAAAGCAAUUUCUAAGAUUACAGAAUCACGAAAGCGAAAAAGAGAAAAUAACAUUAAUAAUGAAGAAAAUCUGGAGUGUAUAAAUUUAAGUGACUUGUCAGAAGAACACAUAUUACAAUGCAUUAGUGUGAUUAAUCAUUUGGCUGAAGAACAAUUGAAAAAUAACAAUGCAUUAUUUGAUGACGAGAAUCAACCAAUAUUUGUGCAAGUAACAUGUAUUAGAGUACCUAAAACUCCAAAAAGAUAUAUGAGAAUUCCCUCAUUAAUCAACUUAUUUUGUAGAUUAUUACCACAUUCAAUAGCAUCAUCAAGUGACGAAAUAGCACUUUUUGUUGGUGAUCUUCAGAAAGGUAGAAGAAAAGAUUAUGAACCAACAAUAGAACAUUAUGAAGACUUGUUACGUAAUUGCAACUGUACAAAAAUAAAGACUAUAAUACCAAUGAACCAAGUGAAAACUGAAUAUGAUCAAUAUGAAUUAAAGAGAAAGCUUGUUGGUAGCUAUGAUCAUUUCCUUGUAGAUGGAAAAAUAGCUGGUCAUUUAUCUCAUUUAUUAGGAAAAGAAUUUUACAAGAAAAGGAAAUUACCGACAUCCAUCAGAAUGUACAGUAAAGAUUUAAAACAUGAAAUAGAUUAUGCUUUAAGGAAAACUGCCAUGCAGAUACAUUCUUGUGGUGAUACUCAUAUAGUUCAAAUUGGACAUACUUCUAUGGAGAGGAAACAGAUUCUACAAAAUAUACUAGCAACAUGCAGUUAUCUAUCUAAAAAUUAUCCAGGGGGUUGGACUAAUAUUCGUUCUAUUCGUAUUAAGACAUCUUCUAGUCUCAGCCUUCCUAUAUAUACAACAUUAAAAAAUAAAUGUGUGGUUAAAGUGCCAAUAGUCCAACCUAAAAGACCAAAAGCAUAUCAUAAUGUGUCAGGAGAACUUACUACUGUAAAGAAUAUUGCUAGCGUGACUGUCACUCCUGAAGGAGACAUAUGUAUUGAAAAUAAAAAGAUUCUUCCUUAUAAAUAAAAUUAAUAAAACAAAUAAAAAAUUGUAAUUAUUUUUUUAUUACUUCAUUAAAUCUAGUAAACAAAGUUAAAAAAUUAUCUUCUACUUAUUAUUACCUUAAACGUUAUAUUUAAAAUUUUUAAUUAUUGCACUUCAAAUUUUAUAUACCUAAUGUAUAUAUGUUGUAUUGUGUUUAAAUAUUUGCUUUCUUCAUUUCAUUACAUGUGAAAAGAAGAAAAACAAUGUAUAAUGUCAGUAAUUAGUAUAAAAUAGUUUGAUCUUUCUUAGAAAUACUUUGGUACCCAUUUGCUGGAUUUGCUAUUAUUCCUGAAUGUCCCAUUGUUGGAAUACCAUUUGUAUUUUGCAUAUAUUUAUAUGUGUUUGCAGCAUUUGUAAUAACUUCUAUUUCUUGAAAGUUUUGAAGUCGUUGAAUAUCCUCAUCUUUCCUCAACCUAGUGUUGGGCAGUUUUCUUAAUUUUACAAUUUGAUUGGGAUCAACAUUUAAUUCUUGACAACAUAUCCGAAUCAAUGCUUGAUAUGUUAAGUCAUUUUGUGGGAGUUCAAUUUCUAUAAAAUCUGGGUCAGAGGCAUCAGCAAUGCGAAUUUUUAAUACUAAUUCAUCUUGGUAUAAACCAUUAUUUCUUAUUCUAGGAAUUCCUGAAUCUACACUUCCAUGCACAUAAUCACUUUUUAUAUAUUUAGGCAUGACAUUAUGUACUGCUAGCUCAUUUAAAACUCUUGGAGAAUCAUUUGGUAUAGCUAGAGGCAUGUCUAGAAGUUGCAAAAUUUGUGGAUUGUUACACAGAAAUGCUGGAGUUUCUCCAAUAUCAGAUCUUAUAUUCUUGUCUGCACCAUUCUUUAAAAGCAAGGCAGCUACAUCUAAGUAUCCUUUUUUACAUGCCCAAUGAAAAAGUACCAUCCAUUAUAAGACUGUCGUGCAUUAACAUCGACGCCUAAAUUAAGUAAUUCCUGAACAACGUCUGUAUCACCAACACAAGCUGCUUUUCUCAGUCGCUCCUCCAAUACUGUCUUAUUUUCCAUGUUAUCAUAACUCCGAAAUAAAUCUACGGAUUUCACAUUUUUUUCCAUUUCGGGUUUAUCUAGGACAUUUUGAAAUGUACAAGGAGUAGCUUUGCUUAAUACAAGUCUUCGAGCGAUUCAAACUGAAUUGCUAUCUAAGCGCCACGGGUGGUGAUUUAGAAGAAUCUUAC